UACGGUGAUCCCGUGGGCAGGCCCGAGCUGGCGGGAAAGGACUCUACAGGGGCCCCGCGGGGAGCCUUCGGGCCCUGGUGCGGGGCGGGGUGUAGGGCAGGGGCCAGCCGCCAUGCUGGGCUGGGACGUGAGGCGAACGCCUGAGCCCGAGGGGUUGUCAGUCCGAUGUGGUGGUCAGGAAUUUCUCUUUUUAAAAUAGCAUAGAAAGGUUUCACUUAUUUUUGACGGGGUUUUUUGUUGUUUUGGGUUUGGAUUUUUUUUUCCUUUCAGGUAGGGUUUUCGGUUGUAGCCGUGGCCUGGCAGGAUGAGUUUUGUGCUGCCCAAAUUGACCUGUAAGAGGGAAGUGGAUCAGGCAAUAAAAAUCGUGGCUGAGAAGGUUUUGGUUCUCCGGUUUGGAAGAGAUAAUGAUGCUGUCUGUCUGCAGCUCGAUGAUAUUCUUGCAAAGACAGCUCACGACCUAAGUAAAAUGGCAGUGAUUUACCUGGUGGAUGUGAACAAGGUUCCAGUGUACACCCAGUAUUUUGACAUCAGUUAUAUUCCAUCUACUGUAUUUUUCUUCAAUGGACAACACAUGAAGGUUGAUUAUGGGUCUCCAGAUCAUACCAAAUUUGUAGGAAGCUUCAAAACAAAGCAAGACUUUAUAGAUCUGAUUGAAGUGAUUUACCGUGGUGCAAUGCGUGGAAAGCUCAUUGUGAGAAGUCCUAUUGAUCCCAAUAACAUUCCUAAAUAUGACCUUCUCUACCAAGGAAUUUAAUGGGUUAACCUGAGAUAAAGAAUUCUGGAAAUAGUGAAUGUUCUAGAACCCAUUUUUUCUUCAAGCCUGUUUAGCCACCUCUGGCACUGUGGGACAGUUUGAGUAUUUACGUUGAUGGAUCAUAUUGAUCUCGUUCUGAAAACAGACAUUCUGUCACCUCAUACUUCUCUUGUGAAUAAAGCUACACAUUCAUGCUUAGAA